CGAGCCAGACGCUGAGCGUCUCAUUCUGUUUUGUAAUUUCACAAACAGCUGUGAAAUACAAUCGUCUUUUGAGGAAGAGUUGGCAUUGAAGUCCUUCACCUCUCUUCUUGCAAAGAACGCUUCCUGCUCUACCUCAUCCUACAACUCAGAUCUGCAAAUCUUCCUUGAGCCUAAACCCACCUGUAGGGAAGCUCACAACACCCACUCUGGCCAUCGCAACCCACCCUGACUCUCAUAUCUCCUGCCAACUCAUAACAUUUCCUGUAGACCUCAAAGAGUGUCAUCUGGUCAAAUUCCUGACACCCCACAAUCCUGCUUUUCUAGCCAUUCUUCUAAACAGUGUAUUUACACCACUGAACCAACUGUGCUCCCUACCUACAACCACACCCAAUCACUCAUGGCUUCUCCAAAGUUAGGUGUGUCAGCUACUACAACCUUAUCUUCAUCAUCCUCUUCUGCUGCUUCUCUCUGCGCACUUCCACAUCCUGGAAGUCCCAGUCCUUUGCCUGGAGGUCCCCCAAGCCCAGUUACACCUUCUUCCAGCCCAAGUACAGUACCUCCAGCCCCAGCAUGUGCACCUGUCAGCAUCGCAUUCAUCCUUGAAGAGCUACGUGUGCUGCAGCAGAGGCAAAUCCAUCAGAUGCAGAUGACUGAAGAGAUCUGUAAGCAAGUAUUAAGGCUGGGAGGAGCUUCUUGUGAACUGGAUUCAAUGCCAUUCAUACUACCCCCUCUGCCACAGCUCUGUUUGAAGGUUUCUGAAAGCAACCCCAAACCCUCUCUGCAAAGCUCAUCACCUCCCCCUACAUCUGUGGCUCCCCUUUUGGCCUGUGUAUCAUCCUUGUUUCCCUCCCAGACCACCACUAAGUCCUCCAAGCAUGCACACUCUCUUUUGAAUGUCUUACGCCCCCAUAAAACACAGUUUGACAGUGGGGUAAUUACUCCAGCAAACUUUACCAGUCAUACAAGUACUCACUCUUCCACAUCCUCACUAAUAUCCACAUCUGCUACCAUAAACUAUCCACUCACACCUUCCCUUUGCCUACCAGCCCAAAAUGCAUAUGAGAAAGCAUCUGACAUCACAGAAGCCAGAGGGAAGAGUUGUCUGACUUUCCCAAACCAAGCUAUGCAAGCAGCUGCUGCCCCUUCAGCCCCCUCACUGGAUCCAAAACUAUCUGUGCAAGAAGGUACAACUUUAACAUCAGGGCGUAUGCAGCAUGCAUGUCGCUUUUGUCGGAAGAUCUUCAGCAGUGAUUCAUCCCUGCAGAUACACUUGCGCUCACACACAGGGGAACGUCCAUACCAGUGCCCAAUAUGUUUCAGUCGAUUCACCACACGAGGGAAUCUCAAGGUCCACUUCUUGCGGCAUCGUGAGCAAAACCCUGAACUCUCUUUUUCUUUGUUUCCCUGUUCCCUAUUUGGAUCUGUGACAGGGGGGUCAAUGACAGGAUCAGCACAAACUCAAACUAUUUCCUCAACCAACAUGAGUGCUGCUCAGAGGCAUCAGAAACUGCAAGAAGGGGAUGGUCUAUGUGGUGAGAAUCUUGAGGGUGCUACUGCUUUACCACAUACCACAACAUCAUCUCUGCCUCCAAGUAUUGAUUUGGCCCUGCUGACCACUGCACACUCUCUCCUUCAGUUCAACCGUGCUGCUGCUGCUGCAGCUGCCGCAGCCUCUAAAUCCUCUACCUCUUCAGUUACAUCCUCAUCCUCUUCCUCUCUUGCCUCCACCCUUCUUUCAUCCCCUGCCUCAUCCACAUCAUCUGCUGCUGGUGUGUUUAAAGGAGUGAAACAACAGUGCUUUGAUGAGAACACCCCUCCACUACCUACCCUACUCCCCCAUUCUGCUUAUUCACAGCUUGCCAGCUUACCCAAAAUCUUCUUCCCGGCAUCUUCAAGCCACCAUCAUCCUGGCCAUGGUCUUUUGAGGCCCCCAACUACAACAGGAUCCUUCCUUACAACCCCACAACAACAGAUCACAUUCCCUUUCACAGCCUCUUCCACUGCCACAUCCAUCUCAACCUCCGCCUUAACCUCAGACACAUCAAAACUGCAGAAACUGGUGGAGAAGUUAGAGAAGCAACCUCAUGAUCAGUCCCACUGGGUUUCAUCCUUUGGGAAAUCUUCUGCCAGUAGCUACAGCACAGCAGGAGGUUUAAGCAAUAACAGCAGUAGUUUAAUGAGCACAAGAAGUUUCAGUACAAAUGCAGUCACCUCACCUCCAUCAACUUCAGUCCAGAUACCAUCAUCUAUUUUCAACAAGGAGUCCCCUUAUCUGGGUCUUAUGAAUUCAGCUGGAGCACUUGCCCAUAAUCAGUGUAGUGUGUGUCUUCGAGUGCUAAGUUGCCCAAGAGCACUACGUUUGCACCAGGCUACCCAUUUAGGUGAGCGCCCCUUCCCCUGCAAGCUGUGUGGUCGUUCCUUAUCAACUAAAGGAAGCCUUCGAGCUCACCUUGCCACCCAUCGAGCACGGCCACCAAGCAGUCGUGCACAAAAUUCUUGCCCCUUAUGUCAGCGAAAGUUUACUAAUGCGCUUGUGCUGCAACAUCAUAUUCGCAUGCAUUUAGGAGGACAGCUACCACCAGAGCAUCUGCCUGAAAUUUCAAUGGAAAGUGAUACUUUGUCCCAUUCCCAGUCUAUUGAACUCCCUACUUCAGAGAUCAGCCCUAGGACUACUGAUGUUCAGUUACCACAUGCUGAUAAAGAAACAGUUUUAGAUUUGAAAUGUUCCAUUAGUAGUCAUUCUGACCCCCUUGCGGUCAGUACUGCUCCCACAGUAUGUCCUGUAACCUCCAGUCUACCUUGUUCACUGAGCCCAGGUCCCAUACCACCUUUUGACCUAAGCCCUGACCCUACUCUGAAUCUAACCACCCAUUCACCUCCAACAGGCAGUGGAGAUACCCCUGUCUUCCCUCUCAGUGUACCCUCUCCAGAAGAAUCUGCUGACUGUCUUCUUCCUUCCACUACCCACUCAAUCUCUGCAACAACUGGUUCUUCUGCCUUUGAUGAACUAUAUUUUGAAUGUUCCAGCAACACUGCCUUCCUAGGUGAUAAAAAAAUGUCCUGCUCCUCUGUUUCAAUGAAAGCCAGUCCACACAGCGAUGACUGUGAAUUUAGUGAAAAUAGAUCUCCCUUGCCUAUUCCUGCAUCAAGAUCACAGUUGGAAGAUCUUUUUAGUAUACAAGCUUGUCAUACAUCAAAAGAUCCUCUACCACAUCCAGCAUCAGAACUACUGGAGCCUGACCAAGGCCAUGUUGAAACAUCCAGUUCAAUCGCCCAAGAGUUUUGUGAGGAUGAAAAUAAUGAAGAUAAAGCACACAAAACACCAAAGAAUGCUCAAAGGGGAACUCCAGAUUUGAGUAUUAAUGCAAAUAUAGUAUCAGACACUUUAAACAAGACAAUUGAGGAUGCAGCUGUGACUGUGCCAGAGGAGCUUGACACACAAGCUGCAAAGACCAUAAAGGAAGCUCACUGUAGUUUAAUUGCAAAGGAUAAAGCUGACCUUAAAGAUACAACUGGAACUGAAAAGAAUAGAACAGAAUCAACUGUAUGCCUAUCACUGACUCCCAGUCUUCCAUCUCCCAUGCCAGAGAGAAAAACCUACCACUGUUCUGAAUGUGGAAAAGAGUAUGCAAGUCGCAGUGGAUUGAAGGGACAUAUGAAGCAUCAUGGAGGAUUUGUCAAGGCUACUCGAGCUCCUGCUAAAACGAAGGGCCCAGAGAGAGAGUUGCGUCAGGAGCGGUCAGAAAUACACCAUGAGUCUCUUCUACCACCUGGGCAUCAGUGAGCUUCUUGAACAAUACCAAGCCCUCCUUAACAUCAGCACAUGUCAGAGCUUUUCACAUUUUCGCUUCUUGUUUUCAAGGAGAAUGGGACAAAGUUUUGAAAUUAAUGUAAUAGAAGACAUAGGAACCUGAAGGAUAUUAUGGAUCUUGAUCUUGAUUUUAGACUGCUUCCACACAUGUAAACAUGCACACACUAAACAUAUACAUGGCCAUUUCUUGGCUUAAUUACAAUUAAAAAUGCACCCAGAUCAUACUGUAAUAUUAAAAUACCUGCAUUGUGCAUUUUUAAUAUACAGUAUGUGAUACAUUUAUGUAAGUGCCCUGUAACUGCAGUCAAAUCUUGGAACGUAAUGCUUAAAAAUAUCUUGUAGUACUUCCUUCAGUAUCAUGUGAUGUUCUUUUUGAUGGCUUAAAACUGUUCUGUUAGUGUAAAGAUGUCAUGAUGUUUUGUUUGUUUAUAUCAAAGUGAUCUUGUAGAGGUAGCUAAAAAAUAGCAUUGUUUAAGGAACAGAUAGAAAAUUAAGUCAUUAUUCACUGAAAAUCCUGUCCUCUGCCAUUGCUCUGAAAUUUCAUUUGUGAUUGCACAUUCAAACUUGGUGCCACCUCGAUAAAUAUCAUGCCAAGUUUGAUUUCACUGAUGUUAAACACCUAUGGUUCUCACCUGUCAAUAUGUGCAAUCGGUUGAACAUACGCAAGCAUGAAUGAGAUUUGCAAAGCUAUAUGGCAGAGGGUAAACUUUUUAUGCAAAUAAUGAUUUAAAUAUCAGUAAAAUACACUCACCUAAAGGAUUAUUAGGAACACCAUACUAAUACUGUGUUUGACCCCCUUUCGCCUUCAGAACUGCCUUAAUUCUACGUGGCAUUGAUUCAACAAGGUGCUGAAAGCAUUCUUUAGAAAUGUUGGCCCAUAUUGAUAGGAUAGCAUCUUGCAGUUGAUGGAGAUUUGUGGGAUGCACAUCCAGGGCACGAAGCUCCCGUUCCACCACAUCUCCCAAAGAUGCUCUGUUGGGUUGAGAUCUGGUGACUGUGGGGGCCAUUUUUGUACAGUGAACUCAUUGUCAUGUUCAAGAAACCAAUUUGAAAUGAUUCGAGCUUUGUGACAUGGUGCAUUAUCCUGCUGGAAGUAGCCAUCAGAGGAUGGGUACAUGGUGGCCAUAAAGGGAUGGACAUGGUCAGAAACAAUGCUCAGGUAGGCCGUGGCAUUUAAACGAUGCCCAAUUGGCACUAAGGGGCCUAAGUGUGCCAAGAAAACAUCCCCCACACCAUUACACCACCACCACCAGCUUGCACAGUGGUAACAAGGCAUGAUGGAUCCAUGUUCUCAUUCUGUUUACGCCAAAUUCUGACUCUACCAUCUGAAUGUCUCAACAGAAAUCGAGACUCAUCAGACCAGGCAACAUUUUUCCAGUCUUCAACUGUCCAAUUUUGGUGAGCUCUUGCAAAUUGUAGCCUCUUUUUCCUAUUUGUAGUGGAGAUGAGUGGUACCCGGUGGGGUCUUCUGCUGUUGUAGCCCAUCCGCCUCAAGGUUGUGCGUGUAGUGGCUUCACAAAUGCUUUGCUGCAUACCUCGGUUGUAACCAUAGGCGGAAAUCGCGGGGGGGUCGGGGGGGUCAGGACCCCCCAUAUCUGAGGGUUGUACCCCCUAAAAUAUCAUUAAAAUAUGUGUAUUGUAAAUAGUAUAAUGAUAUAUUCUUAAAAUAAUUGUUUAAGAAAUAAAAUAAUACAAAUGCAAACGGGGCAACAACAAAAAAACCCUUGGUGUCCCCUUCAAAAAUUGCUCUUGAGAAUUGUUAUGUUUAUUGUCCCCCACACCCCCCCCAACAUUUUGAUGAAAUUUUCGCCCCUGGUUGUAACGAGUGGUUAUUUCAGGCAAAGUUACUCUUCUAUCAGCUUGAAUCAGUCGGCCCAUUCUCCUCUGACCUCUAGCAUCAACAAGGCAUUUUCGCCCACAGGACUGCCACAUACUGGAUGUUUUUCCCUUUUCACACCAUUCUUUGUAAACCCUAGAAAUGGUUGUGCGUGAAAAUCCCAGUAACUGAGCAGAUUGUGAAAUACUCAGACCGGCCCGUCUGGCACCAACAACCAUGCCACGCUCAAAAUUGCUUAAAUCACCUUUCUUUCCCAUUCUGACAUUCAGUUUGGAGUUCAGGAGAUUGUCUUGACCAGGACCACACCCCUAAAUGCAUUGAAGCAACUGCCAUGUGAUUGGUUGAUUAGAUAAUUGCAUUAAUGAGAAAUUGAACAGGUGUUCCUAAUAAUCCUUUAGGUGAGUGUAUAUAAAUAAUAAUAAAAAAGGCUAGUGAACUAUUACUUUAACCAUAAAGAACAACAAUAUUUGAAAAUAUAUAUGCUGAGAUUUGAAUAAAACUCAGUAAAUGGAUGAUCCAAUUUGAAGUGUACAGUAUUUAACAUAAAAAUUCAUAAUUACAUUUUUAUUGAAUCUUAAUUUGGUCAAACUGUGGCCCUAUGUGGAUGUAAUUAACCUUUAGCCUGAAAUACAAGCUCCUACCAAUUAUUGAUAUAUACUAAAAUGCUUUGGCACAACCUUUAAGAUUUUGAUAGCUAUGGUGAAAGAAUAUAUCAUACUUUCAUAGUUAAUGUUUUCAGGGGCGUCGGACUGGGGGGGUAAAGGGUACCGAGUACCCAGGGCCCGAGGCAGGGGGGGGCCCUUAGAAGUCAGUUUUCUAUAAAUACAUAUUUGGUACGGGGGCCCAGCAAGAUGGUUUGUACCCAGGGCCCAAAAUUUGGUGCUACGCCCCUGAAUGUUUUAUACUUGUACUAAAUCUUUUGGCUUUUAAUUGAAGUUAUGGAACAGUUGGACUAGUUCUAAAAUGAAGAAAACACCAUAAAUAUAGCCUGUCAACCUAUAGUAUAGGAUGUCUAUUGUGUUCAGGUUUGUCUUGUUCAACUGUUCACUACUAGAUAAAAUACUGUUUUUGACACCAACUAGACUAAAGAGUUAGUUGAGGCUGUCAUGCCUGUAUCUUAGUCAGAGUUAGCGAUUGUUAAGUGUAUCUAUUGAAAAGUCAAAAAUAUAUUGACUCAUUCUGAGAUUAACCAUUAUCUUAAAGACAUUUCAAAUUUUCUUGGUGGCAAUGUUUGUUUCUUUGGUGGUGUUUGUUCUUUGUCUGGAUACGUUUACAUGAAAUUAUUCCCUAAUGUUUAUUGCUUAGAAAUUAAUUGGGUGUAUGUGUCUGACUGUAGUUGUAAUUUCAUAGUACAGAU